UUAAAGAUGAGUGAAAUAGAAUCUCGUAUAUGUGAAAGAUACGAUGUGAAAAAACGCUUAGGAAAAGGAGCGUAUGGCAUCGUGUGGAAAGCUGUAGAUGCUAAAACAAAUCAGAUGGUAGCAGUAAAAAAAAUAUUUGAUGCCUUUCGUAACCAGACAGAUGCUCAGCGUACAUUUAGAGAAAUUUGGUUUCUUCAGAAAUUCAAGACUCAUCCUAAUAUCAUUGCUUUGUUGGAUGUCAUAAAAGCAGAAAACAAUUGUGAUAUAUAUUUGGUGUUUGAGUUUAUGGAUACGGAUUUGCACAGAGCCAUCAAGAAAGGUAUGUUUGGCAGGGACCAUCAGAUCCGAUUUAUCACCUAUCAGCUUUUAUGUGCUCUGAAAUACCUACAUACAGCUCAAGUUAUUCAUCGAGAUCUUAAGCCAUCGAACAUCUUACUAGAUACAGAGGGAAGAGCAAAAUUGGCUGACUUUGGACUAGCUCGGUCAGUUUUACAGUGUCAGUUGGACGACUGUGACCCUGCAUUAACAGAGUAUGUUGCUACAAGGUGGUAUCGAGCUCCUGAAAUUUUAUUAGGUGUAAAACAGUAUACAGAAGUGGUUGAUAUUUGGAGCCUUGGUUGUCUUCUUGGAGAAAUGAUACUGGGUGCACCUCUAUUCCCAGGAACCUCAACUGUGAACCAAUUAGAAUGCAUUAUGGCUGCUCUACCUCAUCCCCAAAUCAAAGGUAAAUAUU